AUGGCUCUUCCCGGAACAGAGACUAUACGUUUUAGGCGUCCUACGACAGGGCCUAACGCUCCUCAACCAAAAGCAGAACCGAAAAAGGAUGAAUUCGGUUCCAUGGCUCCCGUGGGCUAUAAAAGGAGACACCAGGGAUUAUUGCAGGAUCAAGUGAGAAGAAAUGUCGCUGGCCCAUUCAUACCCAAUCUAUCAUAUGCUUUCCGACUGCUAUUGCUGGUGCGAACUGUGGCUGCAAUGUAUGCUGUCAUAUCGGAUUGUGAUGAAGUAUUCAAUUUCUAUGAACCGUUACAUUACUUCCAGUAUAAUACCGGGUUCCAAACAUGGGAACUUUCCCCCCAAUUUGCCAUCCGAAGCUGGGCGUAUGUGUUGCUACAUUGGCCUUUGGCGCACAUUGGACCUAAGGUAUUGAGUUUAGGCAAACGACCCGCUUUCUUCGCUCUUCGUAUAUCCCUAGGAGCAAUCUGUUCUUUCUGUGAAGCGAAAUUCUUCCGUACAGUGGUCGACACCAUUAAUGACAGAGUCGCAAGAUAUCUUUUAUUUGGAUUAAUGCUUAGUGCUGGAAUGUGGAAUGCUAGUGUCGCUUUCCUUCCUUCAUCAUUCUGCAUGUACACAACGUUGUUGGCAUCAUCAUUCUGGUUUCAUCCGGCUACUUCAACUUCGACAGGUAGAAAAAGAGCAUAUUUCGCUACGUUCGCUUUUGCAGUGGGAGCAAUCGUGGGAUGGCCUUUUAGUGCUGCUUUAGCGAUCCCAUUCGUGAUUGAACAUCUAUUCUUAACAGGUGGAGAAGUGAUCCUUCCUGCACAAAAAGGAGCUUGGAUGGCUAAAAGAUGGGAAACUUUGGCUAAAGCUAUCGCAGUUGGAGCGUCCAUUGCUAUUCCCGUAUCGAUGGUUGAUUCAUGGGCAUAUGGAAGAUCCACUUUCCCUACAUUAAACAUAAUCACCUAUAACCUUUUCUCAGGAAAUGGACCUGAUUUAUACGGUACUUCACCUUCAUCAUUCUACCUUGCUAAUCUAUUCUUAAAUUUCAAUUUCCUUUUACCCCUUGCCUUGCUCGCGUUGCCUGCAUUGGCUGUCACAUUCAAAUUCGACCAUAGCCGGUUAGGUAAAACUCAGAUGGCUCCUAAGGAAGGUGAAACCUCUCCCUAUACUUUAUUGGCUUCAAGAUUAUCACCUUUCUACAUCUGGUUAGGGAUCCUAACUGCUCAAGCCCACAAAGAAGAAAGGUUCAUGUUCCCCGCAUAUCCGUUUUUAUGCUUCAAUGCGGCUGUAACCAUAUACCUAAUCAGAGGCUGGAUUGAAACUUACUAUAUCCGGGUUACCAAUUCACCUUAUAAUGCAAGCCGGUCAUCGAUAUUCUCGUAUUUCACUUUACUUGCAGUGAUUAUACCAGCAACAAUAUCAUUCUUCAGAGUUGGAAGCAGUGUUUACUUCUACCACGCACCAUUCGAUAUCGCACAUCACUUCCAGUACACUGCCAUACCGUCAUAUCUAUCCCAAUUAGGAUACGAUCCUCUGCCUUUACCGGAUAAUUAUACACCUUACGGAAAUGAAAUCCCAAAACCCUCAUGGGAUUUGACAGUGUUACAAACCUUGGAAAAUCCGGUAACACUUUGUUACGGUACAGAGUGGUAUAGAUACCCUUCCAGUUACCUUAUACCUGAAGGUGUAAGAGUGAGAUGGAUCAAAACGGAUUUCGAUGGAAUGAUGCCUAGACCUUGGGAACCUUCCAUUAACAAUGAAACGAUUUGGCCAAGAAGUGAGACUAGAUCCGUGAGACCGACUAGAUUCAAUGGUGAGAAUAGGGAAUCGGGCGAGCCCGGAACAUAUGUCGACCCAUCGGAAUGUUCAUACAUAGUUUCUCUCUCAUUACCAUCCACCACUCACUCGAAGCUCGAGCCGGACUGGGCUUCGCUACCCGAAUGGGAAGAAGAUUUCUGUAAAGGGUUCUUAGAUGCUGCUAACACUAAAUGGUGGGGCAGAUUAUUCUGGUUACCUGGUGGAUUGUUAGAGAGUGGAAGAGUCUGGGGUGACUAUUGUCUGUUGAGGAGAACAGGUGCAUAG